GGAUGGAGAUAAAGGAGCAGUCAGGCAGCAGGAUGUACACGGCUCCGCUCUCUGAGGCGGCUCUUAGGGUCCUGGCUGCUCUACGGGCCCAGCAUCAGGACCAGGGCAGUCUCAACCAACGCUUCAACACUCGCAGGCAAAUGGAAAGCUGUAAUUACAGCCGUGUAGAGCUGUGGACUGCAAGCAGCUGCAGUCAGAUGGAGGCUAAAGACAGUUUCUCCUGUCGGUCCCAAGUGUUGUUUUCCAUCUCUGAUCAUCACUCUACCGAUGAGACACUGAGUCAUCAGAAUGCUGCAGACAGUCAGGCCUCCUCCUCCUGCAGGAAUCCCCCCCUCCAACAGAAGCCCCCUCAGACCCUCCCAGAUCCUCCUCCUUACUUGUUCUCUCAGGAGACUGAAGAAUCCCUCUGCCAGCAAUACUCAUCUCCCUAUUUUCCCCAUCCACCAAACAGUCUUCCUGCUCAUCAAACUGCACGUUGCAGCAGUUCCACAGGAAUAUUAAAGCCAGCGUUUAAGCUCAGUGAAUUCACAGAUCAUAGCGGCCCUGAUGAAUUAUCUGCCUUUACCUCAGAGCAGUCUCAUUCUUUAGCGUGUCAUCCGCCAUUACCCUGCUCUGAUAAACCUAAAAAGACAGUAAACCUAUCAGGUCCACACAAUGAAGAUGAAGCUACCUGGGAUAUUGGUUCCAGUGAAGCAGAGUGUCAUGAACCUCCAGGCAGUGGAGCAAAGUGGAGACAUUGUGUGUCUAAUCCCUCAGAAGAGGGACUUCAGCCCUUAAAGCUGAACACAACCGGAACCAGAGGAGGACACCUGCCUUCCAUGUUCCAGACAGCAGAGAGGGAACCCUCAGGGGGACCAAUAGUUCAGUCAGAAGACACCAAAGUCAUCCUGGAGUACAACUGCACCAGCAGCCUGACCAGAUGUGGCUUGAUGGCUACAGCAAUGGAAAGAAAAACAGAUACAGAUGUUGAAGAAUACAAUGAAACUGAUGAGAUGCCAAAACAGCAGAAUUCUGACUCUGGAGAUGCUGAUUUACACAGAUCAAACUCAGUUACACAAAAGAUAGAAGAAAUCAGACUUUUAUCUAAUUCUGCUGGGGCCUCGAAUGGAGAACGAUGUACCGUGCCAACGCUUACCCCUGGGUACGGGCUGCCUAGGUCAGGGUUCAGACCUCCUUAUCGCCCUGGCAACCAGCAACAUAUUCUGCAGACCAGCACAAAUUCAGGCCUGGUACUCAUUCCACAAGGCGGAUGGAAAUUUCCCUUACAGCAGGAGUUGACCAUAACAGAAGCUGUUAAUGAAGACCUAUAUACAAGAAAAAUAGCCUCUGAGCUGAAUUUGCACCGUCCUCCCCUCACAUUAUCCUCUCCUCUGAAGAGGAGGUGGGAUUUAUUUCAACAUGUACAUCCGUCACUCAAGCAGAACAAAACAAGUCGCCAUCCAAAGUGGGAGCCGCCUCAAGUGACGGUGAUGGAAGAAGGAGUGCGUGCUUUGAAGAAAGUCAGACUUCAACCGUCCAUUUCUGGAGGUCCAUUAUCCUCAGAACAGCAGCAACAAAGUCAGAUUAAAAUCGCUCCCUGCGAGAAGAACCCUGUGUUUAAAACCCACCCAGAAUUUCUUGUUCUGAAGGAAACUCAGCCUGUCAGUCAAAGCAAAGUGAAAAAAUCCACCCACGAAAUGGAAAGGAAGGCACCUGAGCAAAAAACCUUCGACAAACUAUGCAAACAUCAGUUGGCCAAAAUGAGGUUCAAUCCAGCAAAAGAUGUUUCAAAAGGUUUUCAUGAGGUCAUUACCACGACUGAGCUACAAAUUCAUCCCAGAAGCAGCCUACCACCUGCAGCCCGGCCAUCCGAUGCCAGGAUAAAGGACUCUGGGACGCUGAAUCAGGAGGAGAGAGAGCAGAUGCUAGAGGAGGUGUCCCGUGCUGAGGUGGUGGUGCUAACACUGAUGUUUCAGGAUGGAACAACUCAGUUGGAUCCUGAACAGAAGGUGGCUCCAGUAGUGUGUGGCCUCCUUGUUUUGAUGAAGACUGAUCUUCGCUGCACCACACCUUGUUGUUCUCUUGGUUUGAAUGACAGCUUGGUCUACUUUAAACUAGAGCGCAACCCUCCAUGGGCACAGCAGAGGAUUCAGCUCGCUCAGCAGCUCUUUACCAGGGCUAUGCUUCUACGGGUAUUGUCAAGGUCUGGACUUGUGAUUUGUUAUAAAGCCAAGGAUUUCCUUCGAACAGUUUUGCUGUUUUACAAACAUGAUCUCAGCUGGAAGGAAGUGGCAGGCUGUCAGAUCCAGGAUCCACAGGUUUCUGGUUGGUUGCUGGAUCCUUCUGAUCCCUCCUCCUGCUUCAAUGAUCUGCUACUUAGACACUGCAAAAACCCUUGUGCAACAUCCCCGGGGUCUGACAAGGUUUCUCAAAUCAUCUCAAGUCUCUGUUGGCUUUUUGAGCUUAAUCUAACAUUAUGCUCUAAACUUCAGAGCCAAGGCUUGUGGGAACUUUACUCAGAAAUGGAGGUGAAAAUGAUCACCAUUCUUGGAGUCAUGGAAAGCCAUUCCAUCUGUGUGGACAAAGGAGCACUUAAGAGAACGUCAGACCUACUUGGGACUAAAAUGAAACAGCUGGAGCAGGAGGCCCACAAAGCAGCUGGGCAAAUCUUCUUGGUUACCAGCAAUGCUCAGCUACGAACAGUGCUGUUUGAGAAGCUGUGUUUACAUGAGCGUUGCAGAAACAAGAAGCUCCCCAAGACAAUCAACAAACAACAGCAGUCAACAUCGGAGGCUGCGUUGCUGCAGCUUCAGGACCUUCAUCCUCUUCCAAAGAUCAUUCUGGAGUACAGACAGGUUCACAAAAUCAAGUCAACGUUUGUUGAUGGGAUUCUGUCAUGCAUGAAGAGCAAGAACUACAUUUCUUCUACAUGGUGCCAGACGAGUGCUGUGACUGGGAGAAUCUCGGCCAAACAUCCCAACUUUCAAGCCCUCCCGAGGCAGCCACUUCAAAUCAGCAGGAAACAGUACAUCCAAGGAAAGCAAGAGGAGGUUGUGGCUGUCCAUCCUCGGGACUUGUUUAUUCCUCAGGACGGCUGGACGUUUCUUUCUGCAGACUUUUGCCAAGUGGAGCUCCGCUUGCUGGCUCACUUCUCCUCCGACCCUGAGCUUCUCCACAUUUUUACCAAACCGCAGUCUGACGCCUUCACCAUGCUGGCCUCUCAGUGGAAAGGGAAGAGUGUGGAUGAGGUGACCCCGGAAGAUCGAGAACAUGCCAAGCGGGUUGUCUAUUCAGUGGUUUAUGGAGCAGGUCGUGAACGUUUGUCAGGGAUAUUAGGGGUGAGCUCUGAGCAGGCUCGUCAUUUCCAGGACAGUUUCCUCCGGACCUACGGGGACGUCCAGGCCUUCAUCCAGAGAACCAUCCAGCAGAGCCACAAACAAGGCUAUGUGGUGUCUUUAAUGGGCCGAAGACGUAACCUCCCCAACAUCAACUCCCCAGACUGGGGGGUCCGCAUGCAGGCUGAAAGACAGGCUGUCAACUUUGUGGUUCAGGGUUCAGCAGCUGAUCUCUGUAAAAUGGCUAUGAUCUCAAUCUUUAACCAGGUCUCCUCCUCCAGCUUGCUCUCUGCCAGGCUUUUAGCACAGCUUCAUGAUGAGCUUCUUUAUGAAGUGGAAAACUCUCAGGUGGAGGAGUUUGCAGCUUUGGUGAAAAGCACCAUGGAGUCUCUUCAUGACAUCCACCAUCUAGGAGUUCAUCUAAAAGUGCCCCUGAAGGUGGCAGUCUCCAUUGGCAAGUCCUGGGGAUCCAUGUCAGAGCUUCACACUCCACCAUCUGUCUCCCAAACUCCAUCUUCCUCCUCCCCCUCUCCCGCUCCACCAUGAUUAUUUAACUAACCAUUUCUGUUUCUUAUGCUCAUAGUUUUCCUCUGGAGCCUUUUUUUCUUCCCUCAUACCCAUCUUUUUUAACACCUCUAUUUAUCCCUUUUUCUCUCCUCCUUAACUGGUCCAGCAUCCACGUCCCUAUGGAAACCAUGCAGCUGCAGCUUGUGGUCCUUGCUUCCCUCUAUCUGUUUCUGGGGGCAACCGCUGACUGGAUUGGACCAGUUCUGUUUCUCUCUCUCUCUUUAUCCUGUAAAAAAAAAAAAAAAAA